GUUUUUGCAGGAAGAGUCAGAGACGGAAUUCUAGAAAUGGGGAAAUGGACGUCCGAGAAAAGGCCAGGAUAUACGUGUGUGCGACAUCAAGGUCAGACAUCAUACACAAACACAGAAAGCCAAGUACUUCUGCGUGCCACGGGUUGUGUGAUUACGUGUUCAAUGCUGCCUGGACACACUCAUGCAUUACUAUUUGCACUGUGGAAUUUUUCAUAUCAACAUGGACAACGGAUUGGUGUCCUUUUAAGAAACGUAUCUUCUCCGAAGAGCAUACUAAAGGUUCUAACUACACCAGCCCAUCUCUGGUUAUGGUGUCUAAUGUAAGUGAGAAGGAGCACAGUGUUAGUGUUAGCAAAGGUAGUAUGGUAGGUCUGGCACCAGAACACAUCCCUACACCUAAUGCCGCCCUCAGCUGGCAGGCAGCUAUCGAUGCAGCACGUCAGGCCAAGCUGAUAAGGAGUGCAGCAGCAGCACCCAUCUCCACAGCAAUUUCUACGCAGCAACAGCGUCAGCACUACAGCAAACCCAAGAAACAGACGAGCACAGUGGCCACACGGCCCCCGCACUCCCUCCUCUGCCUUACCCUCAAAAACCCCCUCAGACGAGCUUGUAUCAGUAUUGUGGAGUGGAAACCCUUUGAAAUCAUCAUUUUAAUGACUAUUUUUGCUAACUGUGUUGCCUUAGCUGUCUACAUCCCCUUUCCUGAGGAUGACUCCAAUGCCACCAACUCCAAUCUGGAGCAAGUGGAAUAUCUCUUCCUUAUCAUCUUUACAGUGGAAGCAUUUCUGAAGGUCAUCGCAUAUGGGCUGCUAUGUCACCCCAAUGCCUAUUUAAGGAAUGGCUGGAAUCUGUUGGAUUUCAUCAUUGUCGUUGUAGGGUUGUUCAGUGCUAUAUUAGAACAGGCCACAAAAGAAAAUGGAGGGACACCUAUUGGAGGGAAGGCAGCAGACUUUGAUGUGAAGGCCCUGCGUGCUUUUAGAGUACUGAGACCCCUACGAUUGGUGUCCGGUGUUCCCAGUUUACAAGUAGUGUUGAACUCUAUAAUUAAGGCCAUGGUUCCUCUGCUACACAUCGCUCUGCUUGUACUCUUUGUGAUCAUCAUCUACGCCAUCAUCGGCCUAGAGCUCUUCAUGGGGAAGAUGCACCGUGCAUGCUUUUCCUUCAGAAAUGGACACAGAGGGCCCCUAGCUGAGGAGAAGCCUGCACCUUGUGCCCCAAAUAAUGCCCAUGGGCGGCACUGCACCCCACCCAACAUCACCCAGUGCAUGAUGGGAUGGGAGGGACCAAAUGAUGGCAUUACAAACUUUGAUAACUUUGCAUUUGCCAUGCUAACAGUGUUUCAGUGCAUCACCAUGGAGGGCUGGACUGACGUCCUCUAUUGGAUGCAGGAUGCUAUGGGCUAUGAGCUUCCCUGGGUCUAUUUUGUCAGUCUCGUCAUCUUUGGAUCCUUUUUCGUUCUAAAUCUGGUUCUUGGGGUGUUGAGUGGAGAGUUCUCUAAGGAGCGUGAAAAGGCAAAGGCACGUGGAGAUUUCCAGAAGUUACGAGAAAAGCAACAGCUAGAAGAGGAUCUAAAGGGCUACCUGGAUUGGAUCACUCAGGCUGAGGACAUUGACCCAGAGAAUGAUGAGGGACUGGAUGAUGCCAAACCGAGAAACUUGAGUAUUCCAGCAAGUGAGAGUGAGUCCGUGAACACUGACAUCCCUCCCACUGGAGAUUUAGAGGGAGAACCCUGCUGUACCCAUCUAGUAAAUAGGAUCUCCAAAUCCAAAUUCAGUCGAUAUUCUCGUCGCUGGAAUCGUCUGUGCAGGCGUAAAUGUCGAGCUGCUGUGAAGUCGAAUGUCUUUUAUUGGCUGGUGAUUUUUUUUGUAUUCCUGAAUACUCUAACCAUUGCCUCGGAACACCAUAAACAACCACAGUGGCUGACGGAUGUACAAGAUAUCGCCAACAAGGUUCUCCUAGCGCUCUUCACUGGAGAAAUGCUUUUGAAGAUGUACAGUUUGGGACUGCAGGCGUAUUUUGUCUCACUUUUUAAUCGCUUUGAUGGUUUUGUGGUGUGUGGUGGGAUACUGGAGACCAUCCUGGUUGAGACGAAGGUUAUGUCCCCUCUAGGCAUAUCAGUGCUGCGUUGUGUGCGCCUGCUGCGCAUCUUCAAAAUCACCAGGUACUGGAACUCUCUCAGCAACCUGGUAGCAUCUUUGCUGAACUCUGUCCGUUCCAUCGCCUCCCUGCUGCUGCUGCUCUUCCUUUUCAUCAUUAUUUUUAGUUUGCUAGGCAUGCAACUGUUUGGUGGGAAGUUCAACUUCGAUGAGACACGUCGGAGCACAUUUGACAACUUUCCCCAGUCAUUACUCACAGUCUUCCAGAUUUUGACUGGAGAGGACUGGAACUCAGUAAUGUUUGAUGGGAUUAUGGCCUAUGGUGGACCAUCAUUUCCUGGUAUGCUUGUGUGCAUCUACUUCAUCAUUCUCUUCAUAUGUGGAAACUACAUCCUCCUGAAUGUAUUCUUGGCCAUUGCUGUAGACAACCUUGCAGAUGCAGAGAGUUUGACAUCAGCUCAAAAAGAGGAAGAAGAAGAGAAGGAAAGGCGGAAGCUGGCCAGAAUGGCUAGUCCGGAGAAGUGGCAAGGCAAUGAGAAACUUCCAGUUGAGAAAAAAGAAGAAAAGAUUGAAAUGAAAUCAAUUACCUCAAAUGAAGAAACUCCAAAAACCACCAAGAUCAAUAUUGAUGACAACGAUGAGAAUCUAUAUCCAGUGAACGACUUCCCAGGAGAGGAUGAGGAGGAGGAGCCAGACAUGCCAGUGGGCCCAAGGCCAAGGCCUCUUUCAGACAUUCAUCUGAAGGAGAAGGCUGUUCCUAUGCCUGAAGCUAGAGCUUUCUUCAUCUUCAGUCAUACAAACAAGUAUAGAGUUUUGUGCCAUAGGAUUGUCAACCACAACAUCUUCACCAAUCUUAUACUCUUCUUUAUUCUGCUAAGUAGUAUUUCUCUGGCUGCAGAGGACCCAGUAAAAAGUGACUCAUUCAGGAAUCAGAUUCUAGGUUAUGCAGAUCAUGUUUUCACGGGUCUCUUCACCAUAGAGAUUAUAUUAAAGAUGACAGCAUACGGAGCAUUCCUCCAUAGGGGUUCUUUCUGUCGUAACUACUUCAACAUCCUGGAUCUGGUGGUGGUCAGUGUCUCUCUCAUCUCUUCUGGGAUUCAGUCAAGUGCCAUUAACGUUGUGAAGAUUUUGAGAGUUCUUAGAGUCCUCAGACCCCUGAGAGCCAUUAACAGGGCCAAGGGCCUCAAACAUGUAGUCCAGUGUGUAUUUGUAGCGAUCCGCACCAUUGGGAACAUUGUUAUUGUCACCACUCUGCUGCAGUUUAUGUUUGCCUGCAUUGGAGUACAACUCUUUAAGGGCAAGCUCUACUUUUGCACAGACUCUUCUAAGCCGACCCAGACAGAAUGCAGGGGGGAUUACAUUCUGUAUAAAGAUGGUAAUGUUGGGAAGCCGGAAAAAGUUGCUCGUAAUUGGGCCAACAGUGAAUUCAACUUUGAUGAUGUGCUUCAAGGCAUGAUGGCCUUGUUUGCUGUGUCCACUUUUGAAGGAUGGCCUAGCCUCCUGUACAGAGCCAUAGACUCCCAUGCAGAAGAUACUGGCCCCAUCUACAACUACCGUGUGGUCAUCUCUGUCUUCUUUAUCAUCUAUAUCAUCAUCAUCGCCUUCUUCAUGAUGAACAUCUUUGUCGGUUUUGUCAUUGUUACAUUCCAGGAGCAAGGAGAGCAGGAGUACAAGAACUGCGAGCUGGACAAGAACCAGCGGCAGUGUGUGGAGUAUGCUCUAAAGGCACGGCCUCUGCGCAGGUACAUUCCAAAGAAUCCAUACCAGUAUAAGGUGUGGUAUGUGGUCAACUCCACCUACUUUGAAUAUCUGAUGUUCACUCUAAUCCUACUUAACACCAUCUGCUUGGCAAUGCAGCACCAUGGCCAGUCACCAUCCUUCAACAAAGCCAUGAACAUCCUGAACAUGCUCUUCACUGGUCUGUUCACUGUGGAGAUGAUCCUCAAACUUAUUGCCUUCAAACCCAGGGGCUAUUUUAGUGAUCCUUGGAAUGUUUUUGACUUCCUCAUCGUAAUUGGCAGCAUUAUAGAUGUCAUUCUGAGUGAAAUAAAUCCAGCUGACCCUUCUUCCUCUUCUCAUUCCUCUGUGGGAAGACAAAUGGGUCUCCAGAAUACAGAAGAUAAUGCCAGGAUUUCCAUUACCUUCUUCCGACUCUUUCGAGUUAUGAGACUGGUAAAGCUGCUUUCACGUGGAGAGGGAAUUCGAACAUUGCUGUGGACCUUUAUUAAAUCUUUCCAAGCACUUCCUUAUGUAGCAUUGCUCAUAGUAAUGCUUUUCUUCAUCUACGCUGUUAUUGGAAUGCAGAUGUUUGGUAAGAUCGCACUGACAGACAACAGCCAGAUCAACCGAAACAACAAUUUUCAAACAUUCCCGCAAGCUGUGCUGCUGCUUUUCAGAUGUGCAACAGGUGAGGCCUGGCAGGAGAUAAUGCUGGCCUGCUCCCCAAACCGCCCAUGUGAAAAGGGUUCUGAAGAGGCCCCUACCAGUGAGGAGUGUGGCAGUCAUUUUGCCAUCAUUUACUUUGUCAGUUUCUACAUGCUUUGUGCUUUUCUGAUUAUCAACCUGUUUGUGGCAGUUAUAAUGGACAACUUUGACUACCUGACACGGGACUGGUCCAUACUAGGACCACAUCAUCUUGAUGAGUUCAAGAGGAUAUGGGCAGAGUAUGACCCUGAGGCAAAGGGAAGGAUUAAGCAUCUGGAUGUGGUGACAUUGCUUAGAAGGAUUCAGCCACCCCUGGGGUUUGGCAAACUCUGUCCCCACAGAGUGGCCUGCAAGCGCCUGGUAUCCAUGAACAUGCCUCUGAACAGUGAUGGCACAGUAAUGUUUAAUGCUACUCUGUUUGCCCUGGUGCGCACAGCCCUUCGCAUUAAAACUGAAGGUAAUCUGGAGCAGGCAAAUGAAGAACUGAGGGCAAUAGUAAAAAAGAUCUGGAAGAGGACCAGUAUGAAGUUGCUGGACCAGGUUGUGCCCCCAGCAGGAGAUGAUGAGGUGACAGUUGGGAAGUUCUAUGCCACAUUCCUCAUCCAAGAAUACUUCAGGAAGUUCAAAAAGAGGAAAGAACAAGGCUUAGUGGCUAAAGUGCCUCCAAAAACAGCUCUCUCUCUGCAGGCUGGCCUGCGUACACUGCAUGAAAUGGGUCCAGAAAUACGGAGGGCAAUAUCAGGAGACCUCACUGCAGAGGAAGAGCUGGAGAAGGCCAUGAAGGAAACAGUGUGCACUGCAUCUGAAGAUGAUCUCUUCAGGGUGAAGCGAUCAGAUGGUUUCUUUAGAAACCACAUGAACUAUUAUCAGAGUGAUGACUGCACUGAUUUCCCCCCAUCCUUCACCAGUCAGCGGCCACUGCACAUCAGCAAGUCAGGCAGCCCUGGAGAGGGCAAGUCACCGUCUUGUGAGAAACUGGUGGACUCCACCUUCACACCAAGCAGCUAUUCCUCCUCAGGUUCCAAUGCCAACAUCAACAAUGCCAACAACACAUCCAUCAGCCACUGUUACCCAUCCAUUAGCACUGUGGAUGGGCACAUCAGGCCCCUGCUCAUACCUGUGCUACUCCCAUGCUCUUCAUGGUCCUUCCCCAAUAAAAGCUCAGACUCGGGUGAAUGUCAUUUCCCUGUAAUCUCUCGGGGAGAGGCGGAUAAAGAUGAAAUGCAUGACAUGAUGGUUACAGAGACUGAAUGCCAACAUGAGCAGGACAUGCUCUCCACUAAAAUGUUGGUUUUGCAAAAUGAUGAGUGUAAGCAGUUAGCUGUGAUGGAAGAGACAGAUGGGGGUGGGGACAGAAGACCAUGGCAGUUUGCCCAACAGACUGUUCUCUGUCCAACUGCACUAAGUCGACGAUCUUCCUUUCAUCUAGAGUGUGUGAGCAGACAGAGCAGAACUGAAACUUCGCAUAAGACAACGUUGCCCCUGCACUUUGUCCAGCAUCAGGUGUUGAUCUUGGAACAGUUGGACCGCUACUCACAGGACCCCUCAUUCGUCAAGGUGGCCAAGCAGGAGCUGGCUGCUACACAUGACAUGACCAUGGAAGUGAUGGAUAGUGUGUCAGAAAGCAUUCUCAAUGCCAAUGGGCCUCACAGCCCAAAUAGCAACCUCCUGCCUUAUAUGCACUGCAGCAAUGGAGUGAGAACCAACCAGGGACAAAAAAGAGCCUGGGAAAUAAAGGUUCAUGAGAAGGGGGUGGGAGGACUGCAUGUUGCUGAGCACAGUCAACUGAACAGUAAGCUAAUAGUUGAUGAGGACAUGGUGUGUGUGACAAGCCUGUAGGGAGAACUUCAGCACAGAAGACCUUCGUUUCACCAGACUGUCAUCCUGUUAAGAGUUCCCCUGCUCUGUCUGAGAAUACUAGAGCAUCUCUUAAGCCAGAAAUGUAUCUUUAAACCCAUAGUUAUUAUAGGAGUAUAAUGCAAUUUGACUUAGCUUAAAUGAAAGCUUUUCUUUCUUUUUACUUUCUUUCUUUCUUUCUUUCUUUCUUUCUUUCUUUCUUUCUUUCUUUCUUUCUUUCCGUGUGAAUGGCUAUGAGCAAAUUUGUCUAGUAUGUGAUUGUGUGAGUGAGAAGGAAAAAUGUGUCUAUAUAAAAGUGCCUCACAGUUCUUAGAACCUUGACUGAGUAAUGAUGCAAAGACAAAAAAAAAGACUUCAAAAACAGGAAAAGGAGAACUGUCAUAUACCUUUUUCAUUUUGUCAUAAGGGAAUGAUCAGCACUGAAAGGCCUUUUGCAAAGGCUCAGUGGAGGAUUAAGUUUAGGCUGGUUUGUCUCCAGUUUGUAUACAAAAUGGGGGUGGAAGCACCUUUUACUCUGUUUCCCCCUUCUUGUUUGUAUUUUUUCAGAGGGCAAUGCCAUUGAACAAAGAAGCAGUAUACUGGCAGGCUCUGGCCAGGCCCCUCCACCAGGCUCACAUACAGUUUAAAUAGUAAUUACACUUUUGGUUCUUGUUACUCCCUGUCCUCUCUGCAGGUUUGUGCUUUAGGGGCUGAUGUGCAAGUGUGUGGGUUGGGUAUGGGGGAAUGCAAGGUAGAAUUUGUUAGCAAUUAGCAAUCACAUGGUUAAAGCUUUAUGCUAAUAACUGAAAUUGACAGAAGAGAGAGUAAUGUGUCACAGAGUUUGUUGUGAUAGAGAGAUCAUUUGAUGUGGAAGACAUUUCACCUGAAUCACCCUUAUGUGAUAAUAAUAAUUAGCUGGAUAAGCAUACAGUUGGCUCAGAGUUUUAUAUUGAGAUUGAACACAGACUAAUAGUCAGUGAAUGGUACAAACCAUGUGUUGUGCUUAGUUUAGGGGUUUAUAUAGUAAGGAAACAGCCCACUAAUAGCUGUUUAUAGUGUUUAUUACAAUUUCUAUAACAGUUACGGUAAUAAGUGAUGUCAGUAGAAUAAUAGCAUAGGUAGCAACAUAUUUUUCUCAUUAACAAUCUAAAACUGAACGCAAUGUACAGUUAUGGCACUAUUAACAAUUCAUUGGUGACUAUCAAAAUAUUGUUGUCUCAAUUUAUUAUCAUUAGUAUUCAUAACACCACAAAGUCAAUUCACAACUUUCACACUGCUCUUACUCUCUGUGUGUACUUGUGGUUGUUAUAUUAACUGCUUGCCAAGGGAAAAUGGAAAAUUUGCAGGGAAAUCCUCCAGGUUAGCAAGAGCCUUCAUAUUUUGUAAGUAAGUAAUGUUUUUCAUCUGUGAGAAAGAUUACAUGGUAUGAAAAUUGACAGAAACUAUUCCCUUCCUAUAUUCAUAAAAUCAUCAUUGUGUAUAGCAUAGUUAUACUUAUAGUCAUAGUAAUUUCUCAUCAUUAUGUAUAGCACAUUUAUAUUUAUAAUCCAAACUCCUCAGCUGCACGAAUAGUUUAGUGUGGUGAGGGGUGAUGGAGCAAAUCAUCACCAGAGGGCAAUAACAUUGCUUGACUGAUUUGCAUAAUGUCACAUGUCUCAAAACUUGAGUGCCAUGACACAUUUGUGCAUAUAGCAGAAUUGAACUACAAAGAUGCCACGGAGGUGGAACUACAAUCCCCCCCCCUUUUGUGAACAGUUUAGACAAAUGUAUUUUCAUCAAGACUGGGGUUAUUUUCUUAUAAAGAAAAUACUAAUUUAUAUUCUUAUAAAGCAAUUAAUUUCAGGUUUUAAUAAAAAAUCAAUGGUGGUGUAAUUACUCUUUAAAAUGUUUUUGUGUGAGCUCUAGGAGGUGGCACAUGAAGCAGAGAGAUUUUAAAGUACAGAAAAUAUUGUACAGCCAUUGCAAGUCUCCUGUUUUCUACAGGCUGUCAUCCUCUGUUUAACUAAUGGUCAGGAGGCAGUCUGUAUCGAAAAUCCACCAUAUAUGUCAAUUUAUCUAACCGUUUAUACUUUUCAUUUUCCAUGGGCAUUACAUUUUAUUAUUCUUUGUGGGCCCCUCAUCAUUUUCAUUUGUGGAUCAUGUUCUUUCAAGCUUACUCUCUAGUAUGUGAGAUAGUAGAAGGAAGUUGUGGUUAAUCCUCUGUUUUCUCCUUACAGCUCUUCUCUAUAUCUCUGUCGAUUAUGCAGUGGAAUGGAUUUCACAUAACUUUAGAAGGUUCAGGUCUGAAAUACAUUUUGUCCAUGCAUGCUAUAUUCGAUAAUGGUAUUUUAAUAAUGUUAUAUUUUCUUGGACUUGUGUUGUAUUUUUGUAACGUAAUUUAUCCUGCUUUUAAGAGAACACAACCAGUGCCCACUCUGCUAUCCCCUGUUUUUACUAAGAUGAAUAAGAUAUGUAGUACCCUGCCUAAGGCCAACACAUUAAAUGUAUUUAUUUAUUUAUUUUUCCUAGAGAUGGUGUGCGCUCAUUGGGGAAGCACUGUGUUGUUGUGUUUUGUUAAUCAUUAUCAUAGAAGAUGUGUGCUAAGGAACGAUAGCCCACCUAUACAAUUGUAUCAAAGGCAAAUAUGUGAAGAUGCAAAGGCUUUUGUUUUAAUUGCUGCUCCAUUUCUGGUUCAUAGAUAGUCUGAAGAUACUACAUAAGUACCCAGAUGGCACAAACUGCCAAAAUUGUUAUUUGAUAUAGUGUGAUUUUCAAAGUCAAACUGUUAUUGCAGUUACUUUUAGACUAUUUAAAAUGCCUCUCCCAAAGCCAGGAGAGAACACUGCUACACUAAUCAUGACAAUAAUGGUGCACUUUGAGGAGAGACAGGAGAAACAAAUGUAUUUAUUCAGGGACUCAUGGGUAGCCUAUCAUUUAAGAUACUCUUUCCAGCAUAGUUUAAACAACAGGGCUAAGUAUAUCAUUAAAGCCACUAUUAUUAUUAUUAUUAUUAUUAUUAUUAUUAUUAUUAUUAUUAUUAUUAUUAAAUCAUUGUUGUUGAUGGUGGUGGUGUUACUAUUGUUAAUGUUGUCUAAAAUAAUUUCACUUGGUUUUAGCAGUGUAUUCAAUCACAUUAACAAAGAAAGAAUUGGUGAUUUAUUAUGCAAAUAAGGUGUUCAAAUGUUCUAGGUAAUAUUGUUAUAAGAAGAUAAUAUGAUGCCAGAGUGACUUAUAUGCUUAGUAACAUUUUGAUGAUUAUGAAAUUAUAACAUGCUUAGUACGGCCUUUGUUAUUCCAUACAUAUCACACUGGAUUUAAAAAAAUGUUUCAUAUAAGACCUCUGAAAUUUAAACUCUGAAUUAAACAUUUAGUUUAUUUCCAAUAUUCUGUGUUCUAAAGCUCCACUUUGGCAACAAUGUAUGUCUGUUUAUAGCAUUUUAAUAGUGUUUAUUUUUUUUUAUUAUUAUUUUUAUUUUUAUUUUUUUACAGCUGUUGUGGAUGAAUGUACUCCUGUCAACUGUAAGGAAAUGUUUAUGGUAAAAUCCUGAUAAACAUGUAGCCAGUGUUCACCUA